AUCGCUCAAGGGGAAAUAGAAAAUCCCAUUUGGCAGCAAUUUAAUGGGAAAGACUGGAGAGAGUUUAGGGAGAAGGUGUUUAGGUAGUGGGGUACUCUCCUCAAAGAGUCAAGCAGGGGUUAAUAAUCCCUCAUUUCUCAUGAACCCUCAGUGGCAACAGUCUGUGAAAUUUCCUGCAUGGUAUGCAUUGACACAAGCCGAGGGUGGAACUCGCACAACUUUUUUUUUUUAGUCGCCUUGUGGUUGUUUACCUCAUAUUUUUGGUGUAAUUGUCACUGCAGUGGAGCUGCUUAACCUAUGAUGAGGUGAGGGAGGGGAAAGACUGCCUCUUGGAGAGAAAAAAAAAAAGUGUGUGUAAAAUGUGAAGUGUGAACACAGCGUCCUCCUGUACGAGCUGCUUCAGUCCAGCAGGCAAUUCAACGUCAGUUUGGAGCCUUAAACCGGAAAAAAGCAUGGACAUGAUGAACUUCACAUUUCAGUGCAUGCUGGUUUUCUUCACUUUGUAUGUGCACCAAGGAUUAUCAGAGGAUUAUGAGGCACUCUUUGGAGAAAAGAUUCUUCUACAGAGAGUAAAACGUCAAAGCAAAUCAUCAAAACCAAUGCUGAAGGUGACGGAGUACCAUGUCAGGUGUUCAGUGGUGUCCCGGUAUGCUGUCACCACAGUCCAGAGUUCCGUGUGGAACCAGCUCCCUAUCAUCAAGGAAGCGGCCUUUGAGGUGGACCUGCCCUCCACCGCCUUCAUCUCCAACUUCACCAUCACCUCUAACGGAAAGGUGUAUGUGGCCCAGGUGAAGGAAAGAGCUGCCGCCAGGAAAAUAUAUGACGCUGCUAAGAAGCAAGGGAAAACUGCUGGACUUGUCGCUACCAAAGAAAGGGAGAUUGAGAAGUUUCGUGUGGCAGUGAGCGUGCCCUCGGGAGUUCGAGUGUCCUUCUCUCUCACCUAUGAAGAGCUGUUACCACGGCGACUAGGACGCUAUGAACUCAGCCUUGGUCUGAGGCCAGGACAGGCCGUGCCGAACCUGACAUUAGAUGUAGAUAUAACAGAGAGGACGGGCAUCAGCCUCAUCAAAGUCCUUCCCCUCAGGAUGACCAGACUGCUCUCCAACACCGCCAAAGGUGACACAGAUGCUCCAGCCUCCACUAAUAUUGAGCAGAAUGCCUGCUGUGCUCGAGUCCGCUACAGUCCCUCUCUGCAGCAGCAGAACAGCAUCUCCUCCAAGGGUCUUGAUGCAGACUUCAUCAUUCAGUACGAUGUGGACCUCAGAGACCUAAUAGGUGAUGUCCAGGUGUAUGAUGGCUACUUUGUGCAUUACUUUGCACCCAGAGGGCUUCCUGUGGUUCCUAAGGAUGUGAUAUUUGUCAUUGAUGUCAGUGGUUCAAUGAUCGGCACCAAGAUAAUGCAGACCAAACAGGCCAUGACCACCAUCCUUGCAGACCUCAGAGAGGGAGACCACUUCAACAUCAUCACCUUCUCAGACAAGGUCCACACUUGGAGGAAAGGACGGACAGUACGGGCCACUCGGCAGAAUGUGCGAGAGGCCAAAGACUUUGUAAGGAGGAUUAUUGCUGAAGGCUGGACCAACAUUAACGCAGCUCUGCUUUCAGCUGCUCAGCUCAUCAAUCCUCCUUCCCCGGGUUCUCCCAACCACCAAUCAUCUCGCCGCGUCCCCCUCGUAAUAUUCCUCACAGAUGGGGAAGCCACUAUUGGAGUAACAGCGGGCGACACGAUCCUCAGUAACGCCAAGCAGGCUUUAGGCGCAGCCUCCCUUUUUGGUCUUGCCUUUGGAGAUGAUGCAGACUUUCUCCUCCUGAGACGCCUGGCUCUGGAUAACCGAGGCGUCGCUAGGAUGGUGUACGAGGACGCAGACGCAGCUUUGCAGCUGAAGGGCUUCUACGAUGAAGUCGCCAGCCCUUUGCUUUCCGACAUUCAGCUUUCCUACCUGGACGAUCAGGCGUUUGAUGUCACCCACUCCCUGUUCCCAAACUACUUCCAAGGCUCUGAGUUGGUUGUGGCUGGGAGGGUUAAGCCUGGGGUCAAGGAUUUUAAGGUGUCAUUGUCUGCCACUGAUUCAAAGCAACGUGUCAAAUUGGAUAAUGAUGUGUGGAUUUCUCACGCAGAGGGAAAUGACAGUGCAGUGUCACCGAACUGUUCAGGUGUUUUAGAAGGCAUUUCUAGCUUUGUGCAUCGUCUCUGGGCGUAUUACACCAUCAAAGAGCUGCUGCUGGCCAAACUGAACACUACUGACCCUGCGACACAGAGGUUGCUGACAGACAAGGCCACAAAUCUCUCCCUCAAGUACAACUUUGUUACACCGGUCACCUCUUUAGUCGUAGUUAAGCCAGACGCAGAUGAGGUUGCUCAAACUCCAACCACUACAAAAGCCACCACAACAGCCACUACACUCACAACGACGACAACCACUGCUCCAACCAAAAUAUUAGCUGACGCUGCAGCAAAGAAGCACAGCACAAGUCCUAACUCCAGACCUCACAAAACAAAACCGAGUGCACCUCAGCCGCCUCCGAGUUCACCACAAAUGAAAAAAAGCUCAUCACCAACUUCCACAGCGAAAACACCCUCCAGGAAAAAACCCACAACCUCUUAUCCCAGCGUCGUCAAAAAUGCUCCAGCGCCAUUAUCUAGCAAAAAGCACAUUCCUUCCCAAAAUGAUUCAAAGAAUGCUACUCCUCCUCCCGCUGGGAAGAUAUCCACAUCUCUGCUGAGCGUUCUGAAGACGGCACCACCCCCUGCACCUGGAAAAGUCUCCACCCCCCAGCCAAACACCAUGAGAACAACCUCAACAUCAACAUUCACCACCACACCUCCACUCACCUCCACCCUGCCAGGGAGACAUCUUACCCCACAGCCCAGCACGGUGAGGACAGCCCUCUCCACAGAGUCAGACAACACUGCCACAUCUGCCCCAGAUGCUUCUCAGCCUAAAAUCACCACGUCUCCGUCUGAGCUGUCCUCUCCACAUAUCUCUCUGUCCUCACCACCAGCUGAGGAAGACAACAACACCAAUGCUGGUGUUGACACAGACAUCAGCAUCGCCACCCUGGUGUCAGCAACCUUCGCUCCCAUGCCUGGUGUAACAGAUGGGCCACGACUAUGGGAGGCAGCAGGGCUUCUGGAUGUCUCUACUUCCAUUCAGAUUCAGAGGAAAGAUAUUGACCUUGUGAAGGACUACGACGCUACCUAUGACUACGACUACGACCUUAACUAUGAUGCCUGGGAUGAUACUGCUGACACAGGUUCAUUUGAAUCUCCAUCCAGAUUGGGCACUGUUAGGGUCUUCUCCUCAUCAGUUGAUGGUGAUCCACAUUUUGUGGUCCAUCUGCCAAAGAUGCAUCAGAGCCUGUGUUUCACAGUAGACGGCCAAGCUAAUGACGUUCUCAGGCUGUUAGAGGACCCAGAGAGAGGGAUCAUUGUGGAUGGCCACCUGAUAGGAGCUCCCUCCAAGCACGGCGUCGAGAAUCGCUCCCGCACCUACUUCGACCGCCUCACCAUCUCAGCAGCUGAUGGAAUCAUGAUAACAAUCUCGUUGGAGACUGUUGUGGUCGAAGGUGAAGGGCGGGACACGCUGCCCAUCAAUCAGCAGGUAUCGCUGCGUAGACAAGGUGUGACGGUGACUGUGGACAAUCAUCAGAGCUGCUGGAUUGAGCUGGACAAGCAUGUGAAGUUCCUGGUGCAGUUUCACUACUACAAACACCCCAGUUACCUACAGAUGGCUCACCUGGGUUUUUACAUCACAGACGGACUGGGGCUGUCUCCGUCAACCCAAGGCCUUCUGGGUCAGUUUCAACAUACCGACAUGAGAGUAAAGGAGGUGAAGGAUCGUGUGGAUGGAGGCGCACACCGAGCCAAUAUGGAGGGAGUUUCGGCCAGUGGGCUCCUGAUGUGGGGGUCAGAGCACGUGCCAGUCACCUUGCAGGACAAGACACUGAAAGACACGGUGCGAAAACGCCACUUGGGCAAAUGCUGGGUGGUGCCAAAGACUGAGGUAGAGAGACUUCUGGGUCACCCGUAUGAGAGCUACGUGGUAGAUCAUGUGUAAUUCUAUCUGGAGUCAGCUCCACCUUAGUGCCUCUGUACAAGAACUGGAACACCAUGAGACUGAAAUGGGCGUGUCUUUGAAUGAGGCAGUCGUAUAUUCUGUAAGUAACAGUGUGAAGAAGGUAAGAUUACACAAGAGAGAAAGAGAUGCUGACAUAUGAGACACUACAGUGGGGGGGAGCUGCAGAUGUAAGAGUAAAAGGGACGUGUGUGUUGGUAAUGAAGGACUGAAUGAUUCUUUGGUGUCUCCUCCUCAAUUUGCAUUGGAAACAAGCUCUUUGUUCUAUAUUUAUGACAGAGCGACAAUGUUCUGCUGCACAGCAACCACAAAAUGUCCAUCUUGAGCUGCAGCAGUUUGAGCCUCGCACACUAAAUCUGUUCAUAAACUCAAAGAUAUUUAUCAGAUUAUACUUAUAUUUCAUAAAUGAACUAUUACUAAGAAAGGUUAUUUUAUUUCCUAAUAAAAUGUGUACUUUUUUUAAGAAACUGUA